UUAGAUAUCAAAGUGGGCAUUUGAGCUUUUAAAUUGUUGGGGAAAGGCGAAAUUGUUACACGAAUUGUUAACAAUUGACCUGGGAAUUCUAAAUAAAUUCUCUUACCUCCAUUUUUUUUAAAAAAAAAUUAAUGCUGUAUGAUUUAGGUUUGUGACACAGCUACUAUUCCUGGCUUAUGCUCUGUAGCAAUUGGAAUUCUGAAUUUUUCACUUCAUAUGGAGUUAAUUCAAUUUUAUCGCAACACUUUUUAGUUCAUCCUUGAUUUUCAAGUUCUUGGUUUUUUGGGAGAUGGAGUAUAACAAUGAUCUACCCAAGUUGGUGCUAGUGUUGAAAUGUUUUAGUUUUUCUUAGGACUAAAAUUAGGUUCUGUUCGAACAGCUAAAUUGAAUAAUUUUGGCCUUGAGUUAUGGUGAAUGUUAAAAUAAAGUUGUAGGCAAUUGUAGAUCUGAGGAUGCUUGGUGUCAAAGAUGAAUAGAUACAUUAAAGCAACAUAGUUAUCAGAUAAAUCUUUUAUUUGUCUUAUAAUUAUUGUAUUACAAGACAAUUAUCCACUCAUUACAAUACCAUCUGUAAUUGGCUAUAUGGAUUCAUCAUCUGUUUUGAAGUUGGAGACGUAAUGUGAGAUGUCUAGUGUAAAUCCUUACGUCUCCAAGGAAUCGUAGGAUCUAGCUUUGCCAAUUGAGAUUUAUCCAGAUCCCUUGACUCGAAAGAUUUAUGAUCUAUCGUUUUCAAAGGCGCGCAUGCUAAUCUACAUAUAUUUGGGACCUAAAUUGUCUUCCAGUAAAGUAGAUGGACGGUUUAUGUUUGUUAAAUAUUUCAUUUGUGAUAUGUUUUGGACUGAAAGUAACUCCAUUUUGCCUCGUAUAUUAUUGUGGCUAUUCUUUGUUACCUCUAACUUGGAAGUAGAGUUGUCUAAAUAAUUGAAUGGUGGUUGAUGGUCUCUAGGCCUAUAGUACUGCUUGUUUUAUGUUCCUGAAUAGAGAACUAAGUUGUUGAGUGUUAUACAAAACUUUUUUAUCCCACAGGUAGGCUAUUGUUGCACGACAAGUUUCUGUCGUCUAGUUGAGUAGUGAUAUUCUGCUAAAAUGGCAAGAAGUGUCAGACGCCGAAGACUUUCAACUCGUCAGCACAGGUCUACUCCAUAUUCUAUCCCAUCCUACCAUUGGAAUACAGAAGAUGUAACUGAUAGGAAGAAGAAUAGGCUCUUAUGCUCAGAGAAGAAGAGGGAGUGGGAAGACACCACCUGCUCGGUGUGUAUGGAGUACCCCCACAACGCCGUCCUCCUCCUCUGUUCGUCCCAUGACAAGGGUUGCCGCCCUUAUAUGUGCGGGACCAGUGACCGCCACUCUAAUUGCCUCGACCAGUUCAGAAAAGCCUACUCCAAGGAGACAGGCCAAAAGCCAGAAGCAAUCGAGCUUUCCUGCCCUCUGUGCCGGGGCGAGGUGAAGGGAUGGACCGUUGUGGAACCAGCUCGUGAAUAUUUAAAUAGUAAGAAGAGAAGCUGUAUGCAGGAUGAUUGCUCUUUCGUGGGAUCAUAUAGAGAGCUCCGCAAACAUGUGAAGUCUGUGCACCCUUCCGCAAGGCCUCGUGAUGUGGAUCCUGCACAUGAGCAGAAGUGGAGGACACUCGAGCACGAGAGGGAGCGGCAGGAUGUGAUCAGCACUAUCAGGUCGUCAAUGCCGAGGGCAGUGGUGUUUGGGGAUUAUGUUAUAGAGAUGGACGGUUCCGACGAAGAGAACGAUGAAAGGGGAAGUCAUGACAUUAGUAGGAGGAUCCUUUACUUCUUCUUGCAAGAGGGUGCGCGACUUAUGAGGCUUCAAACAGAGAACGCAGGAUCGGAACAAAGGGAAGAAGAGAGUGGUUAUGAUUCUGUAGAUGGAAUUAGCGGUCCUGAUGUUAGUGCUGCGUAUUCAGCUGAUGUUGAUGAUGAGGCGGUGGCUUCUGUCAUUAGUGCCCAAGGGAGAGGCAUGGAUGUGGCGAGAUCGGAGGGACGACGGCGCCGCCGACGAAGAAGCCGGGGUAGAUCGGGCAUGGAUGUAAGCUGAGGAGCAGAAGCUAGUACCGUUCUUGUUUAUUGCUGAUCAAAGGGAAACCGGCACACUGUUGAAUAGGUAAUGGCUAGAUAUUUGUGAAUUUCUUCUCUAGUUUACUGAUUUACAUUCAUGUAAUUUAGACCCAAAUGAAAUAUUGUUGUUCUUGUCAUGUAUGUUGAUGCAUCUUUGUUUAUUUGUGCACUUCUUAACAUUUGCAUAUGGUGUAAAUUAUUUGCUUCAUUCUAGGAAGCAUUAAGAUUAUUUGAAUGAUCUGUAUUCUUCA